GUAUUCCAGACACGCUUUCAGCGUCUAGAGACAGCGCUGAACACGUUGGUCGAAUCAGUCGCAGCUUACAAUCCGUCCAUUUCGGCAGCAGACGCAUUAGUCGCAGCAGACGAGGACUUGGACGAGAGCUUGGAACAGCUCGCCGUACACCAUGCAAACUACUCGCGCAUCCUCGAGCUGCGCGCCACUGCCGACGCCCUAGACGACAAGAUUAAGUCCACCCUGCGCACUCUGGCCGACACCCGCAAAGAACUACUCGACAUACCCUCCUCACAGCCCGCCAAACACACGCGUCAAGUCGGCGUUGAAGAACUGCUCUCUUAUGCGAAAUUCAUCUCCAAGACCACCGUCCCACCUACCUUCCGCGGCCACAUCCCGACCGAUCUGCUCUCACAACCACAACCUGUCAUCCCUGAUGCACCCACCACUCAAAUCACAAACGGCAUGGCCACACCAGCCCAGAACGGCGAUAACACGAGCACAACCGAUCAAGAAGCUACAUCGGAAAACAGAGCUGUGGCCACACUGAGCGCAGAAACAAAAGCUAUGCUGGACCCACUCUCACAACUUCCCUUUGUGCCAUGGCCAUCCCAAGAGGUCAUUCGCAUGGGUGCUUUGGCUGCUAUCCAAGGCAUGCUAGAAGACGGUACAGACCCGACUACUGUGCUCAGUGCUGAGGAGCAAGAAGCGAAGAGGAAGAAAAGACUACAAGCUGAGCAAGAAGAAAGAGAACGCAGGCGCAGGGAAGAUUGGGCUGCUAGAGGUGGCAACAGAGCCGCCAUGGCCGAAGAUGUCUUUGACCCUGAUGAGCUU